AUGAGCGUAAAUGAAGAGACGAAUCCACCUGUUUCCUUUCCUAUCAAACCUCCCGGACCACCAAAAGUAUGGAGAGUCAUUGAAACUGUUAUAAAAGGGAAGGAGAAUGCACCGAUAAAGUUUUCUAUUCAAGAGAUACCCGAGGACAGGUACGACGAAGUAGCUGAUUACAUGUGCACUUAUUUUAUUCCUGAUGAGCCUAUGUGUAAAUGCUCAAAUGGAAAAAAUGAUCCAGAAUUCGCAGAAAGUUUCCGAGAACUAUGGAAAAAGGUACUGAAACAUGGUUUAUCCAUAGCAGCGUUUACAGAGAAUCCUAAUGGUGGUAAACCGAUAAUCGCAGCAGUUAAUGUACUUGUAUUCUGUCAUAAGGACGAUAAAGAGGAUUAUGCCGAUUCAAUGCCGAUAAAGCCAAGACGUAUAUUGGAUGUUGUAUUAGAUAUAAGCAAGAAAGCCCAGGUGUACGAGAAAUACGGUGUUGAUCGGUAUAUGGGUGCCUUUGGACUUUCUGUACACCCUUCGUAUCGAGGAUCUGCUAUGGGCGGUCAUCUUCUUCGUGCCAGAGAGGACGUAGGACGUGAAUACAAUAUCGAGGUAACGUCUACAGGAUUCACUUCGCCUAUUUCACAGAAAUUGGCCGAACGAUGCGGCUUCGAGACCCUGAUCGAACAAAAUUACGAGGAAUUAGUGGACGAAAAAGGAAAUCUACUAUUUCCGGGCAUCGAAGCGAAGACGUUGAAAAUAAUGGCCAAAAGAUUAUACUAGCUUUGUACCUGUGAAAGUAUAAAUGAUAUCUUUUGGGAUAAUAAUACGUUAGAUUUAGGUAUCGAAAUAUAGAUGUAAAAAGGAUGAAAUGAAUUUGCAAAGAGGAUUACAUUUAA